UGAAUAUGAUUGAUUGCCACAUGCAGAUGAGAAGUUGGGGUAGCGUAGUGGUGGUGACUGGGGAAGACUGAAGAAGCCCACCCAACCCUACUACCCGAUUCUUUUACAAUUAUCCAAAAUGACGAUAAUGUCCCUAACCAUUUAGUUCUGGUUGACCAGAGUGGUCAAGUAUUCGAUCCAUCUAAAACUCAGAAACCAGCCGACGACGACGAAGUAGUGAAGUAUAGAGGAAGAGAAACAAUGGGGAAAGCAUCGACAUCGUCAACGACCAAGGACGCGCUUGCCCUCUUCAGUUCUCUUCGCUCAGCUUACUCUGCCACUCCCAUCACCCUCAAGAUCAUUGAUCUCUAUGUUGCUUUCGCUGUGUCCACAGCUCUCAUCCAGGUAGUUUACAUGGCUAUCGUCGGAUCAUUCCCAUUUAACUCAUUUCUCUCAGGAGUACUUUCUUGUACAGGGACAGCAGUCCUUGCUGUUUGUCUCCGUAUUCAAGUGAACAAAGAAAACAAAGAAUUUAAGGAUUUACCACCAGAACGGGCUUUUGCAGAUUUUGUUCUCUGCAACUUGGUGCUGCACUUGGUGAUUAUGAAUUUCCUUGGAUAAGUUAGCAUCUUUUGGUCUUCAUUGAUACUGUUUCCUGGAACAAUGAUGAUAAGAUAUGAUGCGGUAACUUUUUCUUGGUAGUUUUCUUGUAUUUGAUAAACUUAACAUGAUAAGUUAUGUAGCCACAAUAUUUGAAAAAUGAACCUGCAAUAGAAUCUGUCUUUUAUUACAUUAUCAGGAUCUCUUCUUUAAAUACUUUAUUGGAACUGUUUUUAUCUUGUGUUUUAUUGUUUUCUUUU